AAAUAAUUCAUCAAGACUUAAUGCGUCCAAAGGAGUGCCUAAUUCCAUAAAGUUAAUGUGAUGCUUUUUUUCCGACAUGAGGAGCAUUUCUUGUCCCUGUGAAGUUUAGCCCUCUAUGAUUUACGGCGGAUGCGGAUGCACCGUGUACUCAACCAAGCGAUUCGAGCAUUUGAUUGCAAUGGCAGUGGUUGGCUGAGUGGUAGUGACGGUUGUCGUUGUCUUCAAUUGUCUUGUUGUGGCUGCACUUUAGGUCAUUGCAUACGAUUAUCCGAAUAUUCGACAAAAUAGCAUGCAGCCAUAAGUUUGUCCUGAAGAAGUAGUUUUUUUCCUAAAAAUGGCGGACCGCGAUUUCGGUAGACAUUAUCCCUUUAGCCUAUCUGUUAGCGAAGCUAGGCCCUCACAGUACCGCAAAUACUGUCUUUGCUUUUUCCAAUCCAGAGCUUGUCCAAAUGGAGCAAACUGUCAAUUCGAGCACAAAUUACGACAUGAAGUGGAGCCAAUAGCAUUUUUACGAGGUUCUGAUUUUUUUUUGGGACAGGCACCAGUUUUAACCAAUCAGAGAUCGUGUUAUUUUCAUAAAAUAGGUGCAUGCAUGUAUAAGGAGAAAUGUCGUUUUUUACAUGACAGUGAGCCUGUGAGAAACAAUCAGCAGAACAGUGGUCAGGAACCAACUACAGAAUGUGAUAUUAAUAAUGAACGUAAUGCAAACCAGCCUUCAACUUCUUCUCAACUUGAAGAAAUUAAUUUAACUUUGGAAGACUCCACUGAAGACCUUGGCCGCACUAAACGUGAAAACGAAGAGGCACUUGCCGCGGAGUCUGAAGUAUGUAAAAAGAAUUGGGUCGACGCACCAGAGUUUGUUCCCAGGGGCCCGAUGCAACUAAAAAGUUAUGCACAAGCCCUUAAUCCAAAUGAAACAUUUGAAAAGGAUGGUAAAGAGACGCGCAGGCUAUGCCCAUACACAACUAAAGAUGGAAUAUGUGUGAAUGUCGCCACAUGUACCAACGUACAUGGCGGUUUUUGUGAUAUGUGUGAAAGAUUCGUUUUACAUCCUUAUAAUGAUGACGAGAAGAAAAAACACCAACAAGAAUGCAUUAAGCAGCACGAAAAAAAUAUGGAAUUAUCCUUCGCUGUCCAACGAUCUAAAGAAAAAACAUGCGGUGUAUGUUUUGAGAUCAUUAUGGAGAAACCUUCAGGGGAACAAAGAUUCGGAAUUUUGCCCAACUGCAGUCACUGUUUCUGCUUGACUUGCAUCAGAAAGUGGCGUCAGGCCCGACAGUUUGAAAAUAAAAUUAUAAGAGCAUGUCCCGAGUGUCGUGUAACAUCAGACUUCGUAUGCCCCAGUAUGUACUGGGUAGAUACAAAAGAAGACAAAGAAAAAUUGAUUGAGGAUUAUAAAAACGCUCUAUCUCGGAAGGAUUGCAAAUACUUUAAAAGGGGAGAUGGUAAAUGCCCCUUUGGCAACAAAUGUUUUUACAUGCAUGCCACCGCUGAUGGAAAUAGGAUUGACGUCGGUCCACCUCCACGACAGCGUCGACAUAGAAGUAAUGACAGUGAAUUUGAUGUACUUCAAGUGAUGUUGUGGGACUUUCUCGAUGAACGAGAUUUCCCCUGGCAAUCCCUGGCCGACGACAUCGAAGACCUUGUUGCGUUCUUCACAGACUCCGAUGAGUCAGAUUGGUCAGAUUAUGAGCUGUUUCUCGAUUAGUCUUUGCAGAUAAUGUUUCAUGUUUAUCCCAUUCACUUUGGCAAUUUUAUACGUAUCUACUUCUAUAUUUUUCAGUAUGAUAGAGAUGAACAUGAAACAAUUUUAUAAGCCGAAGUGAUUGUGCAAGUAGCAGGAGAUACAAGAGUGUAAAAACAGUAAAGAUGCGCCCUUAUGUUAGAAAGGUUUAUUUUGUUGGUUGAUUUGUUGCAGCAAAUGUGUAUGAAUAAGACAAGCAAAUUAAUUUCUAAUGAACUUUACGUUUAUUCUUCAUAAUACCUUGUAUCUUCAAAUAAAUAGUAUCCAAUUAUAGACUCUAUAUUCAAAUGUAUGCAUAUAGGGGUCGAUUGGUGGAUAAUCCUUAGAGGUUUUUCGUUCGAUUCUAGUUUUACGGUUUUAUAAUUUUUUAAUUUGUAUCCCUUAGCCUUAAUUUAAAAGAGAAAAUGCAAAUUAAAAUUGCUUUAGUUGAGGCUAUUCAUAUAUUUAAAGUUGAACUUGCUUGAGUGAUAUUAGAAACAAUUUUAUUAACUUGGUUGUACCAGUUUUAGCUUUUAUUUGUUUAACGAAGAGUUUAACGUUUUUUUUCCAACAAAUAUUGAUUCAUUGUCGGUAGUAAUAAAGAAAUAUCUUUAAUGAUGGAAAAUAGGACGACAAUAGAUUAUACAAAUCGACCCAAGUGAUAUUUUUAUAGACUUGGGUCGACAACUUUUAUUUCUUUCUGCUUAGCGUUUUGGGUUUUACAACUUGGUCAUCAUUAUAGAUUGUUGUGAAACUUUUCCUAAUAUAUAUCAUCUCUUUCCUAUACUCAGUAUUGUUGUUUUAGUCAUUUCAUGCUAUACCAAGAAUGUUUAUUGAAUAUUUGAUAGUACUCGGUGUGUCCAACGCAGCACGUUGGUUAUAAAACAAAAUGAUUUAAAUUUAACACAAUGUAUUUAAUAAUCAAGGUAUAAUCUUUUUCAAUUUAUCUUUUAUAAAUCUAAAAUUUUACUCAAGCAAAUAAUUAAUAUUCUCAUUCCUUUGAAAACUGAAAGAUUUCUAAUUACUAACAAAAAUGUAUCAAAUUAUUCUUAAACACGCUACAAAUUAUUUCAAUAAAUGUUUUAUCAGAUUUAUUAGAUCAAUUUUUCGAAAAUCGCGAAAGAUUAACGCAGUUGUUUUAGAAUUUUGGUUUUACAGUUGGUUAAAGCCGAGCUUUUAAAAAUCGGCAUAUUUUUUUAAUUAAGACUUAAGAUGAGACUUAUUAGGUGUUUAGGAAUAAAAAAACUUAGCCACUAAGAAUUAAUUUGCGUUUUUUCGACAAAAAAAAAAUCAUGCAAUAUACACUUUACUUAGGUAUUUAUUAUGUAAAAGUGGUGUAUAUGAAUUUACUUUGGUUAUCCACCGCCCGUAUAGAACUGAAAUCAGUGGGUGCCACAAUAAAAUAAAAUGUUUUGUUAUAGCUGUUGGGUUUUACUUUUAUUUAAAUUCAUACAGUAAAAUCAUUUAUUUUUUUAGUUGUAUUUUUAAUAAUUAACUUAGGUGUUUUUUACGUUAAAUAUCUAUCUUAUAAUAUAUCGUUUGUUGGUUUUGACGUCUUUGACUUUACAGUUUUUAACGGAAAAAUUUGUCAAUUUAUUAGUUUUUAUUUCAAAUUUGCUAUGCGUUAAGUACCUAACUAAACCUCCGUAAUACAAAAGUUGUAAACUCAAAAACGUCAUUUGUUUUUUUAUGUUUGCUGUAGCUUACGUUCAUUUUCGUUUUGUUUUUUAGUCAUUAGAUUUAGAUUAGUUUAGUUCGUUUCGUUCCUUUUUUUAUUACGUAUUGGUUUGGAAAGGUAGGACCCAAUAUUCUCUUCAUCCAGUUUCACAAAAUCUGUGUUUUGGGUAUAUUUUAAAAUAUGUCUAUAGAUCUUUCUUCUUGGUGUUUAAGAUAUAUCAUUGCUUUUAAGUUUGUUUAAAUGUUCGUGAUUUUAUUUGCAGAUCGAUGUGAAAAUAAAGCAACACCAAAAUCGCUUGUUUGAAAAAAGGCAAAGGAAUUUUGUUCAAAUUAGGACACAUCCGUGCAAAAAUCGAGUACACCAUUCCAGUUACCAGGAAAAUUAGCUCUAAAAGUUUCCCGCAGCAUAUGCUAAGCAAUUACAAAAUUAUGAAAGAUAUUAGAGGUUUAAGAAAUUCUUAAUAAUUUAAAGGUACAAGAUUAAUAAUAGGUAGGAAAUUAAAAAACUAAAAUCUAUAGUACCAUCUAAAUAAAGUAAAAUUUGUGAUACUGCGGUAGCACCUAUUGUGUGUUUAGGACUAAGCUGAUGGUCUGAUAAUAUCUGGGUGGGAAAAUAGUUUGUAAAAGCUAAGAGGUAUUUCAAAAUUCUUUAUGAGCCAUUCUUUUGUCAAAUUAAUGUUUACAUACUAUAUUAUUGUUUUGAACACUCAUUUUUGCACUGGUUUUUUUUUUUAACAAUUGGUGUUGCUAUCUAUUAUUUUCACAAAAUUACAACUCAUAUUAAAAGUGUGGACUACCGUUACAUUUGGCCUAAUUUAGAUAGCACCACUAUCACAAGUCUAAACUAAUAUUAGGAUUUUUUGUGAAGUUGCUAUUUAUUAAUUACCAGCAAUUUCUAUGAUAAUUUGAUGUUUAAAGCUCCAGCUGGUUACAGCGAUGCUGGCAACUAAAAUAAAACUUGGAUUACUUUAUGUAUCUAUCGCUCUGUUUGUCCUUUGAAAACAAUUCUUGUUUUGCUUACUAGACGAUGGUACUUUCUAUGUUUUUGUGAUCCUAAAGAUAUAUGUUCAAACGAUUCAUAUAUGUGCCCUACUUACUAAUCUCUAGAUGUUUCAAAUAUAAAUGUCUGUAUUUUCGUCAAAAUAUCUAUGUGUAUCAACUGUUCGAUGGCUAAUUAGAAAAAAAGCUUACUAGCUAAAAAAUUUAAGAACACUGAAGAUAGGUAUUUUGAUCAUAAUUUUUUACAAGUCGUUUGAUAACAAUUUCCAUCUGUGAAUAACGCAUAUAUUUGCAAUUAUAUCAAUAAAGAAAUGGAAUGAAAAUAAAGACUCAAUUAAUUAGUAUGUAAUUUUUUGAUUAAAAUAUCUGUGAUUUUUCGGUGAUUUGUUAUUUUUCGAUUACGUAGUUAUGGUAACUAGUAUAUGUGGUGGUAUAUGUCAAAAAUAAUAUGUGUCUUUUAAAAUUAUUGGAGGAUAGUGAGCCUUUUAGUUAAUUCAAGAUAUUGUUUGAGACAUCUCUAAAAAUCUUUAAAAUAGAUGCUGGAACGGAAAAACCUUAAAUUUAACACAAUAAGCAAUAACUUCAGGUUUAGAAAUAAAUUCUUACUUAAAAACUUAGAAACAUCAAAUACCAGUUAGUAUGCUUUGAAAUGAAUGGAAAAUUAAUUCCAUAUUUCUGUUUAAAUCAUUAUUUGAAUGUACCGAAUGAAUUAAAAGCAUGAAUGGAAUAGUUGAGUAAUAUUAUGCUAUUUCUGCCAUCAAUAUAAAUACGGUCCUCGCAAUAUAAAAAAAGAUUUUAUUCUGGACUAUUAUUAUUAUUAUUAUUAAUUGUCAAUUAAUCAACUCAAACAUUAGAUUAAUGAUGAUAUUAUAAUAUUUUUAUCACCUUAAUUUACCUGAAUAAGUUUUUUUCGUUGUAUAACCAUCCUAAGGGGAAUAUGUGGCAAAAUAGAUUAAUUUAUUCAACUUCCUAAUUCAAGAAUAAAUAUAUUUUAAAUUUAUUCCUGAGCUCUUAGCAUAUAAAAGAAGAAAGGGUAUUUAUUGUUGCUAGAUAUUUUAUAUUUUAUUAAUGUUUAUAUAUAAUUCAUUUUAUGAGGUUUAUUAAGCAUUAGGUACUUUUCCUUUCAUAGCCUUGUGUUGUGAUAUUAAGUUAUAGAAAAUUAAUAAAAAGGCUUCUUUAGAAAGGUUAGCAAAUUGAUGGUUGUAAUACGUUAUUUUUUAAUCUAAAUCGCAAACUCUAGGUCCACAUAAAAAUAGCAAAAUUGAUUUUUGCUAUUUAUUUACAUUUUAGUAAAUAUUCAUUAGUAGAAUAACAAAUCAGUAUCCUACUCAACACUUUCCACAAAAAAACACCUAACCUAACCUAAGGAAUAACCUACCUUUUAAAUGUAACAAUUUUAACAUAUUUGAUGUUUUUUUUCCAAAUCAAAUGCUUCCUUUGAAAUUGUACGCAUUAUAAUAAAUGUUGUAAUUCCUCUUUUAAACAGGUUGAUUGUCAUCCACAUUUAUGUGAUAGGUGGUAAAAGGAGUACGUAAUAAAAAAGUAUAAUUAAAA